GGUUGCAUGGCUUUUUUCCCUACAAACUUCGAAGUCUUCCAUCUCUAUUCAUCUGCCGCUCCAACAACACAUGACUCGCGCGAGUGUAUAUUCGUGUUUGGUGUGUGUGUGAAGAAAGUGAAAUGAAAAAGAAAUGUGUAUGUACAUGUAAAGUUGUGGCACAAGUUUUGCGCUCGAAAUCAUAACUGUAGCUGUAACAGGUUGGCUGACUCGCUGACGACAACUUAACAAACUCCAAACUCAUUUUGUCACAGUACCUGAAGUUUCUCGACCGGUGACCAGACGAAUCAUUUGGCGGCUGGAUCUGUUGUCUGGACCGGCACGGCAGCAAACCCUAUUGAAAUAAAUAAUUGCUUUACAUACAUACUAUCUAUGCAAAUUGGCAUUUGCUGCAUGCCAUAAUGAUGAGAAACUUGCCAAUGACAUUGUUGUCCAACUCGAGCUAAGCAUUACUCCAGUGAAAACACACCGCACCAUUUCAAUUUCUGUGGCACAAAGUGUACACGAGCCGAAAGGGAAAAAAUUCACAUUUUCCCGAUGGCCAAUUAAAAUACAUGUAUGCAUAUGUACAUAUGUACAUUCGCAUGUAUACAUAGCACAGUUAUUUCCGCUCAGCUUUCCUGCACAUUUUCUGAGGGGCGCUCUCUAAAACGGAUCGAGUAAACAAGUUUAGUGCGGCAGCCGAGACACAAACAAGUGCAACAUCAGAUCGGCUUGGCUGGUUGAUUUAUAUAAUAUUCAGCUCAGUGAUAUAUUACCUAAAUACUGCAUUUGCACUGUUUCAUAAAUCAAUUAAUUAAUUUUAUUUUGCGCAGAAGAAAAUAAACCAAGUUGGCAGUACUGAUUGUUAUCGAACGAGAUUGUGUGAUAGUAUUUAAGUAUAUCGAAGUCUAUUGAAGCUCAGAAAAUCGUGAAAAUAUUAUUUGUUUUGAUAAAAUGCGAAGUCCCAGAAAAAAGGCGUCCAGAACCACAAGGAUUCCUGCAAAGGAAUACGUUGUGGAGGAAAUCAAGGGAAAACGGUUCUAUCAAGGAGAAACGGAGUAUUUCGUCAAAUGGGAGGGCUUCGAAGCAGAAAGCAGCACCUGGGAGCCAAUGCAUAAUCUUGGCAAAUGUAUCCACCUGCUGGCCAAGUACGAGAACGAUAUGUACCUUAGGAAAUUGGAAAGCACGCUCGAUGAGAACAAAAAUAGGAAAGCGUAUGCUGCUCGGAGGGCUAAACUGCACAAUAACAGUGGCGGCACACUGACAGAGCCAGAACCAGCGCCAGAGCAUGUGCAAAGCAAGAAUUGGAACAACAAAUGUGCCCAACUGAGUGAAUCGAGUGACGAUGAACCAUCGCCAGAAUUUGAACCAAUAACACCACCUUUAGGGAGCCAACCAAGAAGUCGAAGGAAAUUGUCAGAAUCACUUGCGUCCACGGGCUCAUCGACGUCUUGCAGCUCCGAGUCCUCAGCCACCCCAAAAUCAGGCUGUUCGUCUUCUCCACCCCAACCCGAACCUCAAUGCCAACCUCAACCAGGUUUAACUACGAAGCAAACCUCAUCCCAAACUCAACCAGUGCUCCCUACUCAUAAUCAAACAGAAAAGCUCGUUGACAAUUUGGAGACUACAAAGAAGCUACAAAGGAACACCGAUAAAAGUCGCACCAAUAACUCCAUUGAGGAUGCUGAGGAUUGUAACACCCCGGAGUGGGAUAAGGAAGAGCCUUCGGGCUUAGAGCUUGGGCCAAAGCUGGAGAGAAUUAUGCACAGCUAUCGACUUGGAGGAAACACGUUCCUGAUCGUAAAGUGGAUGGACAGCGAGGAGCCUGUAGCGGUCGAUAUCCAGGAAAUAAAUCAGUUGUAUAAAAAAGAAAUAGUUCAAUAUACCCAGGAACUUCAACGGAGCUUUGAUGACAUGGUAAACUGAAACUUAAGCCAACCAGAUGGGAACAACGAGAGAGGAGUGCGAACAAGUUCAGGGUCGCAGCGUUUGAAUUAAUUUGUCUUCUUUAAUAUUUUUCUUCUCUUAUCAAAAUUUUGAUUGUGUGUUUGUGAAGAGACUUUCACACGAUAUUUGUUAUGAACUUAUAGACUAAUUGUGUUAAAACUACAUUACGUUGGACGUAUGGUCUUAUCAAAUAAAUAACUAUUAAGCAAAAUUAAGUUAAAAUAUCAAGUUUCUUAACUGGAAACCAUAUCAUGAAAGUGGUAUUUAAUUUCUUUAUGCAAUUUUCCAAUAAAUAUGUGCAUACAAAUGACA